AAGUGUUAAUAUUUUACUUUAUUGAUUUAAUUAAUUAUCUAGAUUCUAUGUUAAGGAGUUCUGAAAAAUCCGCUAGGUCAUAUGGAAUAUUUCGAAAAUAAUAUAUUGCUGCGAAAAUAUAAAAUUCACUUAACUUUACUUUCGCGAUCUCCCGGUGACUGCCUACACAUGCUACUCUUUAAGGCAGGUUCUCAGAGAGCUAAAUACUAGGAGCUGUCUCUCUGACAUGGUCAGAUAGUAGCAAGUUUUAGCUUGGUUUCUACCUGUGAAGAUGACGACGCUCAGCUCUAAAUUGGAAAAAUGUGAAGUUUGUGCGGCUAACAAAGCAAAGUACACGUGUCCAAAAUGUGAGGUUAGAACAUGUUGUCUUGGAUGUAUCAACAUUCACAAAAAGGAAUUGGAUUGUGAUGGAAUUCGAGAUAAAACAAAAUUCAUCUCACUAAACACAUUCACUGAUUUGGAUUUACUCAGUGACUAUCGAUUACUUGAAGAAGUUGGUAGGUCUGUAGACCAACUACAAAGAGAUCCUUCAAAAAGAUAUACGCGACAAAGCAAUCUCCCUGUGCACUUAAAUAAAUUGAAAACAGCAGUUAAACAUAGAAGAACAAAACUAGAAUUUCUGCCACAAAACUUUAGUCGUCAUAAGGAAAAUACAACAUAUUUGAAAUGGAGUACAAAUGAAUUAUUCUGGAGAGUUGAGUGGAUUUUUCCUCAAGCAGAGAAUACAAAAUGGGUUGAUGAUAGGUUGUUGGAGUCUGAACGAUUAUCUAAUCUAGUAGAAAAGGUAAUAGAUCCUAUAGAGACGUCAAAAGAUAAGAAACUAGAUAUUGAGGAGUUAAAUGUUAAAAUGAUUCUAAGUGACAGAUUACAAUUUUACCGUGCCGCUGGAUUGCCUGGAAUAAAGGUUUUGUUAAAAGCAGAAAUGGUUCAGAAAUCUGAUACAAGAUUUUAUGAACUAGAUGUAACAUUGACGCUUAAAGAAAAUUUAGAAAAGAAAACAAUAAUAGAAUUUCCAACAUUAUAUGUAAUAUUGCGUGAUCACUUGGAUAUGUAUGAAAUUAUAGAUAGUGAUGAAGAACAAGAAGUAGUGGAAAAAGAAAAAUCAUUUAAUAAUUCAAAAAAAAGAAACUUACAAAAAAGAAAAUAUCCACGGAAUCAAAAUAGCAAACAAAAAGAGGAAGGCCCAGUGAAUUUCUUUUUUGAUACUGCAUUAACAGAUUCAGAGGAUGAACAAAUGCACGAAAGGAGAAAUUACCCUAGCAAAUUAAAUAUUCCAGAGUAUAAUGAUUUGGUCAAAAUGGAACAUUAAAAUAGCAUUAUAACUAAGAUGACAAAGACCUCAGAAAAUUCAUCAAGAAUCAUCGUAUAUAUUUGUAUGAAUUCAA